GUAGUCAGUCCAAUUGUAGGCAGUUAAUUAUAAUUUGCCGCCUCCCAAAAAAUCGUGCUAAAUCGCAUUGUGCGUUAUUUGUAUUUUAAAAUAUUUAAUAUAUAUAUAUUGCUUUUAUUUAAUAUGAUAGAUGCAGCAUUAAGCUCAUCGGGAGCUCAGGUUGUUUUAGCAACUUCAAGCGAUGAAAAUUAUCCACCCGAAAAUAUCAUCGAUGGAAGCACAGAAACAUUUUGGAUUUCUACGGGAAUGUUUCCACAGGAGUUCAUCAUCCGGUUCUCCGGCACACAGAAAAUCAGACUGGUCACUAUUCAGAGUUACAACGUGAAGAAUCUGAAAAUUCAGAAAAGUACAUUUAGCGAUGCAACAGAUUUUGAAGGCAUCAUAGACAAAGAAUUUGAGCACACAGAAGGACAACUUCAAUCUAAUGAUUUUGCUCUCAACGGCACAAGAGCAACUCACCUUCGAUUCAUCAUCACUUCUGGAUUUGACCAUUUUGUUUCAGUUCACAGAGUAAUGGUUGAAGGAUCAAGUGAAAGCAACCUGUGAGAUCUUCUGUUUUGACAUUGUAUGUUUAAGACGAGCUGAAUGCACCGAAGGGAGUUAUAUAUUUCUAUACACUACAUAUAAAUUAUUUUAAAAUGGUUGUUCUAUCAUGUAGGGUGAAUUUGAAAAUUGGUAUUUACAGUUCAUCCAUUUUGUACCAUGAUGAAUUAACUUGUAUAUUUCAUAGAAUUCUGUUUAUUUUUAUUUACUUUGGAAGAAGAAGACUGCUGUCUGCUAAAACAGAUUUUUUUUAACCAUCAGUUAAAGUAGCUGUCGUUAUUCCAUUUAUUCAUAAUUGCAACAAUUCUGCUUCACUUUUCUCCAUUCUAUACAGUAUAUUUUCAAGAAGUGCUUUUUUGUAACGUUAUUAUUUUUGACAAAUAUAUAUAUUUUUUACACCUCAACACUAAAGUGUCUAAUCCCUUAUCCUAGCUGCACAUUUAAAGUGAGUUUUUUAAAAGGUCUUCAGAUGUGCAGGAAUUAACUUUUAUCAUUCUGAAAUUUGCAGGAUAUAUGAGAUCAUUUCCAACAGUGAAAUGAGUUUUUUUGGAACACGUUUAUAAAAAUAUGAAAUGCAUUGCAGUAGCCAUCAAUUUCUAAAGAUAUAUGUUCCAGUGAUGAUAACUGUGAGAUGGCAAAUGGGUUAAAUAUAGCUAAUAGCAUGAUCUAUUUUAUGAUUUUGUAACAAUAAAAAGUAUAUUAUGAUCAGA